AUGCCCCGCGAUCUGGCUGCCCUGAUGAGAGGUGAUGAUGAGCCCAAGGACAAGAUCUCCCGCGACAUGGAGAAACAGGAUCACCUCGCCGAGAUCAAGCCUUACGUUCAAGCCCUCACCAUCUCCGACAUUGAUAGCGCCGUCAAAUUGGAGGAUGCCACGUUUCCCCUGAGGAACGUGCAACGAGAGAAAAGGUAUUUGUACCACCAUGUUUGCAUUUCGUACCUCUUCCAUUCAGCCCCGACUUGUGAUUCUGCUCCUAUUUUACCACAUUCAGCAUCGCUGUUUUCGUUUCGAAGACACCAUCUGCACCUCACUCCAUUUGUUCUCAGGCUAUACUUGGCGUCUCUACCAGGUCAUUACAAGGCUACGAGGAAUUUCAGCCUCCUUCUUCACAAUCUUUUGAAGUUCAAAUGGAGAGACAAGAGCCUCAGGACAUGCACAACCUUUGUCUUUUGUAUGGUGCAGAACCCUCCUUGGACGCAAUAA